AUGCAUGUGCUCCUUGAGAAGAAAAUUGUCACCUUUAUGAAAAAUGAGCUUAAUGAGUUCCAGAGGUUUCUGAGUGAGAGGCUGGAUGAUGAGAUACUGGUGUAUGAGGAUGAAGAGAAGAGGAGCAGCAGGGAGUCAUUUCUGAAGAUCACACUUCACUUUCUGAGGAGAAUGAACGAGGAGGAGCUAGCUGACCGUCUUCAAAGCAAAACUCAUGCUGAAGUUGGCAAACAUAAACUCAAAUCUGCACUGAAGAAGAAGUUCCAGCGUGCGUUUGAGGGGAUCGUCAAAGCAGGAAACCCAACCCUUCUGAAUCAGAUCUACACAGAGCUCUACAUCACAGAGGGAGGGACUGCAGAGGUCAGUGACGAACAUGAGAUCAGGCAGAUUGAAACAGCAAAUAGGAAACCACACAGACCAGAAACACCAAUCAGACAAGAAGACAUCUUUCCAGUCUCACCUGGAAAAGAUGAACCAAUCAGAACAGUACUGACAAAGGGAGUGGCUGGCAUUGGGAAAACUGUCCUAACGCAGAAGUUCACUCUGGACUGGGCUGAAGGCAAAUCCAACCAGGACAUCCAGUUCAUAUUUCCAUUCACUUUCAGAGAGCUGAAUGUGCUGAAAGAGGAAAAGUUCAGCUUGGUGGGACUUGUUCAUCACUUCUUUACUGAAACCAAAGAAGCAGGAAUCUGCAGCUUUGAAGACUUCCAGGUUGUGUUCAUCUUUGAUGGUCUGGAUGAGUGUCGACUUCCUCUGGACUUCCACAAAGCUAAAAUCCUCACUGACCCUAGAAAGUCCACCUCAGUGGAUGUGCUGCUGAUAAACCUCAUCAGGGGGAAACUGCUUCCAUCUGCCCACAUCUGGAUAACCACACGACCUGCAGCAGCCAAUCAGAUCCCUCCUGACUGUGUUGACAUGGUGACAGAGGUCAGAGGGUUCACUGACCCACAGAAGGAGGAGUACUUCAGGAAGAGAUUCAGUGAUAAGAAACAGGCCAGCAGGAUCAUCUCCCACAUCAAGACAUCACGAAGCCUCCACAUCAUGUGCCACAUCCCAGUCUUCUGCUGGAUCACUGCUACAGUUCUGGAGGAUGUGCUGAAAACCAGAGAGGGAGGACCACUGCCCAAGACCCUGACUGAGAUGUACAUCCACUUCCUGGUGGUUCAGGCCAAAGUGGCAAACAUCAAAUAUGAUGGAAGACGUGAAACAGAUCCAAUCUGGAUUAAGAAGAGCAGGAAGAUGAUCGAGUCUCUGGGAAAACUGGCUUUUGAUCAGCUGCAGAAAGGAAACCUGAUCUUCUAUGAAUCAGACCUGACAGAGUCUGGCAUCAAUAUCAGAGAUGCCUCAGUGUACUCAGGAGUGUUCAGACAGAUCUUUAAAGAGGAGAGAGAACUGUACCAAGACAAGGUGUUCUGCUUCAUCCAUCUGAGUGUUCAGGAGUUUCUGGCUGCUCUUCAUGUCCAUCUGACCUUUAUCAACUCUGGAGUCAACCUACUGGAAAAGCAACAAGCAAUCGUGCACAAUAUCAGAAGCGCGGUGGAUAAGGCCUUGGAGAGUCCAAAUGGACACCUGGACUUGUUCCUCCGCUUCCUCCUAGGUCUUUCACUGCAAACCAACCAGACUCUCCUACAAGGCCUGCUGACACAGACAGGAAGUAACCCAGGAACCAGACAUAAAACUGUUAAAUUUAUCAUUGAGAAGGUCGGAGGAAAUCUGUCUACAGAGAAAAGCAUCAAUCUAUUCCACUGUCUGAAUGAACUGAAUGAUCGUUCUUUAAUGAAGGAGAUACAACAGCCCCUGAUUUCAGGAAGUCUGUCCACAGAUAAACUGUCUUCUGCUCAGUGGUCAGCUCUCGUAUUCAUCUUACUGUCAUCAGAAAAAGAUCUGGAUGUGUUUGACCUGAAGAAAUACUCUGCUUCAGAGGAGGCCCUUCAGAGGCUGCUGCCAGUGGUCAAAGCCACCAACAAAGCUCUGCUGUGUGACUGUAAUCUGACAGAGACCAGUUGUGAAGCUCUGUCCUCAGUUCUCAGCUCACAGUCCUCUAGGCUGAGAGAACUGGACCUGAGUAACAACAACCUGAAGGAUUCAGGCGUGAAGCUUUUGGCUGCUGGAGUAAAGAGUCCACACUGUAGACUGGAAUCUCUCAGGCUAUCAAGUUGUCUAAUCACAGAGGAAGGUUGUGCUUCUCUGGCUUCAGCGCUGAGCUCAAACCCCUCCUAUUUGAGAGAGCUGGACCUGCGUAAUAACAGCCUGCAGGACUCUGGAGUGAAUUUGCUGCUUGCAGGAUUGGAGGAUCCAUAUUGGAGACUUGAUAUUCUCAGGGUGGACAGUGGUGGAGAGCAGAAGGUAACUCUUGAUCUAAGGAAAUUUGCUUGUGAGCUAAUACUGGACCUAAACACCACACACAAAAACCUGAAACUGUUUGACAACAACAGGAGCAUGAAAGUACUCAAGCAGCAGCAGCCUUAUCUUGAUCACCCGGAGAGAUUUGAUAUGUUUUGCCAAGUGCUGUGUAAAACUGGCCUGGCUGGUCGUUGUUACUGGGAAGUUGAGUGGGAAGGAAAAGUUGACGUAGCAGUGACUCGCAGAGGGAUCCCAAGGAAAGGCUAUAGCAGGGCUUCCAGGUUUGGAGGGAAUGAUCAGUCCUGGAGUUUGACCUGCUCUGAUAACGGUUACUCCUUGACCAUCAGCAAUUAA